UAUGGUAUUCUGUGGUUUUCAUGGUAAUUUGUAAUUGUUAUCUAUAAUGUAAUGAUUUUCAGAAAUGCCCAAUUAGUUUUUAAAAUUAUGUGUUAUAAAUGUUUCAUAUCUAACAAAUGAAUGAUAAUCAUUGCCAUAAAAAGAUGAUACAGUAGUGUUACAAUCUUUGGUUGUUGAAGAUCACCUUUAAAACUACUUCAUUUAUGAAUUCUCGGCAUACAAGGGUUUGAUAAUCAAAAAUUUUCAAAAUGCCAAGUGUUAAGGUUGGAAUAAUAGGCGGUUCAGGACUGGAUGAUCCGGAUAUUUUGAAGAACAGACAAGAAAAGAAAGUAUGCACUCCUUUUGGAACACUUUCAGAUGCACUGAUACUAGGAGAAAUAGAUAAAGUGGAAUGUGUACUUUUAGCCCGACAUGGUAGGAAACAUGAUAUUAUGCCAGGAAAUAUCAACUACAGGGCAAAUGUAUGGGCACUGAAAGAGGAAGGUUGCACUCACAUUCUUGCUACAACUGCAACAGGUUCAUUACAAGAAUAUAUCAAACCAGGUGAUGUCGUCAUUUUAGAUAACUUUGUUGAUAGGACAUCCAAUCGCAAGCAAACAUUUUAUGAUGGAGAACCUAACCACCCAAUUGGAGUAUGCCAUUUACCCAUGGAACCACCCUUCUGUAAAAGAACACGAGAAGUGAUAAUCCAAGUGGCAGAAGAACUUGGUAUUUCUGUACACAAAACAGGAACAGUUGUUGCUAUCGAGGGACCCAGGUUCUCAACCAAAGCUGAAAGCAUGAUUUAUCGGUCUUGGGCAUGUGAUGUUAUUAAUAUGACAUCUGUACCUGAAGUUGUCCUAGCUAAAGAAGCAGGCAUCUGUUACGCAUCAAUAGCAUUAGCUACCGACUAUGAUUGCUGGAGGGAAACGGGGGAGAAAGUGACUGUAUCUGAUGUACUGAAGAUGUUUAAGCAGAAUGUUACUAAGGUCACUAAUAUCGUUACAUCUGCUGUAAAAAAAAUUGGUCAACAAAAUUGGGAUAGUACCCUAUGCGAAUUAGCUGAUACUGUCCAGAGUAGUGUUAUGUUACCACAUUAACACGCAAAUAAAUAAUACUAUAAAAUAUCUAGAUAUUUUUUUUUACAAUUGAUUAUAAAAUUUUGUAGAGAAAUGUAGGUUUUUAUGGGUGGUGGAAUAUGUUAUUUUUCUGGGUGUUCAGUUGUGUUUUUCCAAGGUUAACAGGAGCAGCAACAAGGCUUGAUAAUGCUAUCUGUGAUGGUAAAUAUGUAUGUAUGUAAAUCACGUAACUUACUGUAUAAUAAAAUGGUAAAUAUCUCAAAUA